AUGCUCGAAACACCAGCAGCUACUCCUUCGAAGUCUCGCACCGCAUCCCCCUUCAAAACGCCCACGAAGCAUCCUCAAGCCCCACCCUCGUCGCCUACUAGAUCCUCCCCCUCGAAGUCACCUGCUCGCCAACAGCGCCCCCUGCCUCCAGAACUUGUUCCGUGUCUCAAUGCACAGAAGAAGGCAGUUCUCGCGGCUCUCAGGGAUCCGCUCGCACUUAUGCUUGAGUCAUCGCAUAUGAACGAGGAUGACGAUGAAGAAGACGACGAAACCCCGGAGCCUGCGAAUGUUCAAGCCCAUGAAGACUUGCGCAAUCUGCUCCAAGGUACCGUUGAGCGAGGAGAGGGUAAUAGCUGCAUGUUGGUGGGCCCGAGAGGAAGCGGGAAGACCAAGCUUCUGGAUCGUAUUCUUUCUGAAUUCUCAACGCAUGAGGUGGACCCAGCCAGGGCUGAUGACAAGCGGCCUAUCAUCAUCCGUUUAUCCGGGCACGCACAGAACAAUGAUCGGUUGGCUAUGCGUGAGAUUGCGUGGCAGUUGGCACAAGAGGUUCGAGAGGUCACCUUUGACGAAUACCUGACGAGCGGUGACGGCGACGAGGAGCCUAUCGAGGAUCCCGACGCGCAACUCGGGCCGAACAUCACCCUUCCGCCCUCAGCUCACCUUCCCGCCCUCAUUGGUGUCUUGCCAACGCUUCAAAGACCAGUGAUCGUGGUGAUUGAUGCUUUUGACCUCUUCGCCAUGCACCCGAGACAGAGUUUGCUCUACUGCCUCUUGGAUACCGUACAGGCGAGCUAUGCUGGAUCUCAAGCUAGUGGCGGGCUCGCGGUCGUCGGUGUGACCACGAGAGUCGACACGAUCAACUUAUUGGAGAAGCGCGUCAAAAGUCGUUUUAGUGGCAGGAUGAUCAGAACCGCCGGCCCUAACACAAAACACCGGUGGUUGUGUAUAAUGAGGCAAAUACUAACUGUGGAGCCCGCUGGCGUACAAGAGGUGCAAGAUAGCGACGAGGACGAGACUUGGUCUGACACUUGGGUGCGGAUGGUGCAAAUCUUCCUCGACGAUAAGAAGGUUCAAGGUGUUCUCGAGGAGAUGUACGCUUUAACGCGGGACGUACGGAUGCUGAACCGUGUGCUGAUGAACCUUGUGUUGAGAUUGAAACCCACCGAGCCGUUUCCGAGCUUGAGUAAUUUGGUAGCUGCACUUGAACUGCAACGAUGUCCGACCAAAUUCCAGUCUCUGCAUGCCUUGCCAUACCCGGCUAUCUGCUUGCUCAUCGCGGCCGUACAUACGCAGACAUCUGGUCAUGAUAUCAUGACGUUUGAAAUGCUACACGAGCUAUUCAAGGACCAGGUACGGGCUAGCCUCAGUGCUCCUGUGACAGUUGCCGGAGGCGGUAUUGGGAUGGUGAAGUGCACACGAGAAGUGCUUGCUUCAGCCUUCGAGCACCUCGUGUCAACCGCCGUCUUUGUCCCGAUUGCUGGGCCAAACGCCUCAAUCUUAAGAGAGUUCGUCAAAUACCGUUGCGCGGUUGAUAGGGACGAUGUGAAACGUGCAGUUGAGCGUCAAGGGCAAAUCAACCUGAGGAAAUGGUUGGCGAAAGCUGGUGAAGUGCGUUAGCAGUGAACAAAGGCGGCAAAGAAUUGCAUGUUUCC